CUUCUCCUUCUUCACUAAGAAAGAUCACUAUAUUUGCUUUAAAUAUCCUACUACUCGUUUCCAAUCAAUACAUACUAAAAACCAAGCAAGAGAGAAAACUAAAUAGAAAUGCUAGUAGACUGGGGACCAGUAGUGGUGGCAGUGGUGAUGUUCAUCUUAUUAUCACCAGGACUCCUAUGUCAGCUACCAGCAAGAAUUAGGGUCAUCGAGUUUGGGAACAUGACCACUAGUGGAAUUGCUAUCCUGGUUCAUGCCAUCUUAUAUUUCUGUUUAUAUACCAUCUUGAUAGUUGCCGUUGGUGUCCACAUACGAUCUGGUUGAUACCUUACUACUUCAUGUGUAUAUUAUCCCGUAGUUGAAAGUGACUAUUGGUCUAUUUGAGCAUUUUAAUAUUAUUAAGUAUUGUAUUAAAGUGACUCAUACUAAAGUACCACAAUUUGCUGCA